CUUCGCCAGCGCCGCCGCCGCUCGCAGCACCGCAGCCCCUCCCGCCAUGGCCGCCGCCGGCGCCCGGCGCAGCACCGGCCCCAGCUCGGGGCUCCGGGGCCGGCUGAGGCUCGGCUUCCACCCGGCGCCGCCACCGCUGCUGCUGCUGUUCCUGCUCCUGCUGCCGCCGCCACAGCUUCUGGCCGGCGCCACCGCCGCCGCCUCACGGGAGCCGGACAGCCCAUGCCGGCUCAAGACCGUCACGGUGUCCACGCUGCCCGCCCUGCGGGAGAGCGACAUCGGCUGGAGCGGCACCCGCGCCGGGUCCGGGACUGGGACUGGGACUGGGGCCGGAGCCGCCGCCGCUGCCGCCGCCGCGUCCCCGGGUUCCGCCGGCUCCACGGGCACCGCCGCCGAGUCGCGCCUCCUGCUCUUUGUGCGUAACGAGCUUCCGGGACGCAUCGCGGUGCAGGACGACCUGGACAACACAGAGCUGCCCUUCUUCACCCUGGAGAUGUCGGGCACGGCGGCGGACAUCUCGCUGGUGCACUGGAGGCAGCAGUGGCUGGAAAACGGCACCCUGUACUUCCACGUCUCCAUGAGCAGCUCUGGGCAGCUGGCCCGGGCCACCGCCCCCACCCUGCAGGAGCCCUCGGAGAUCGUCGAGGAGCAAAUGCACAUCGUCCACAUCUCCGUCAUGGGUGGCCUCAUCGCGUUGCUGCUGCUGCUGCUGGUGUUCACUGUGGCGCUGUAUGCCCAGCGCCGCUGGCAGAAGCGCCGCCGCAUCCCGCAGAAAAGCGCCAGCACGGAAGCCACUCACGAGAUCCACUACAUCCCCUCUGUGCUGCUGGGUCCCCAGGCCCGGGAAAGCUUCCGCUCCUCCAGGCUGCAGGCCCACAAUUCCGUCAUCGGAGUGCCCAUCCGCGAAACCCCCAUCCUGGAUGACUAUGACUACGAAGAGGACGAGGAUCCUCCCCGGAGGGCCAACCACGUCUCGCGUGAGGACGAGUUUGGCAGCCAGGUGACCCACACGCUGGACAGCCUGGGCCGCUCCGGGGAAGAGAAAGGGGACUUCGAGAAGAAAGCAGCAGCUGAGGCGACACAGGAGCCAGUGGAGUCCCUGAUGCAGAAGUUCAAGGAGAGUUUCCGCGCCAACACACCCAUCGAGAUCUGUCAGCUGCAGCCAGCGCCUCGCAGUGCCUCGGCAGGGAGGCGGAAGAGGAGAAGCAGGUCCCGAGGGGGGAUCAGCUUUGGGAGAACCAAGGGGACCUCGGGAUCAGAGGCAGACGACGAAACGCAGCUGACAUUCUACACGGAGCAGUACCGCAGCCGGCGCCGCAGCAAAGGUUUGCUGAAAAGUCCAGUGAACAAGACGGCCCUGACACUGAUCGCCGUGAGCUCCUGCAUCCUGGCUAUGGUGUGUGGCAGUCAGAUGUCCUGUCCACUCACUGUGAAGGUGACUCUGCACGUGCCCGAGCACUUCAUUGCAGACGGGAGCAGCUUUGUGGUGAGUGAAGGGAGCUACCUGGACAUCUCCGACUGGCUGAACCCGGCCAAGCUGUCCCUGUAUUACCAGAUCAACGCCACCUCUCCAUGGGUGAGGGACCUCUGCGGACAGAGAACCACAGAUGCCUGUGAGCAGCUCUGCGACCCAGAAACCGGAGAGUGCAGCUGUCAUGAAGGCUACGCCCCUGAUCCGGUUCACAGACACCUGUGUGUGCGCAGUGACUGGGGACAGAGUGAAGGACCCUGGCCUUACACGACACUCGAGAGGGGCUAUGAUUUGGUGACAGGGGAGCAAGCCCCUGAAAAGAUUCUCAGGUCUACUUUCAGCUUGGGCCAAGGACUCUGGCUUCCUGUCAGCAAAAGCUUCGUGGUCCCACCUGUGGAGCUGUCCAUCAACCCCCUGGCCAGCUGCAAGACCGAUGUCCUCGUCACAGAAGACCCUGCAGAUGUCAGGGAAGAAGCGAUGCUCUCCACAUACUUUGAAACCAUCAAUGACCUGCUGUCCUCCUUUGGGCCUGUCCGUGACUGCUCUCGGAACAACGGGGGCUGCACUCGAAACUUCAAGUGCGUGUCUGACCGCCAGGUGGACUCCUCAGGAUGCGUGUGCCCGGAGGAGCUGAAACCCAUGAAGGAUGGCUCCGGCUGCUACGACCACUCCAAAGGCAUCGACUGCUCUGAUGGCUUCAACGGCGGCUGUGAGCAGCUGUGCCUGCAGCAGACGCUGCCUUUGCCCUAUGACGCCACCUCCAGCACCAUCUUCAUGUUCUGCGGUUGCGUGGAGGAGUACAAGCUGGCUCCCGAUGGAAAAUCCUGCCUAAUGCUCUCAGAUGUCUGCGAGGGCCCCAAGUGUCUCAAAGCUGACUCCAAAUUCAACGACACCCUGUUUGGAGAGAUGCUACAUGGUUACAACAAUCGGACCCAGCAUGUGAACCAAGGUCAAGUCUUCCAGAUGACCUUUAGGGAGAACAACUUCAUCAAGGACUUUCCUCAGCUGGCCGACGGGCUGCUGGUGAUCCCGCUGCCGGUGGAGGAGCAGUGCCGGGGGGUCCUCUCCGAGCCCCUCCCGGACCUCCAGCUGCUCACUGGAGACAUCAGGUAUGACGAGGCCAUGGGUUACCCCAUGGUGCAGCAGUGGCGGGUCCGAAGCAACCUCUACCGUGUGAAGCUCAGCACCAUCACCCUCUCGGCAGGCUUCACCAGCGUCCUCAAGAUCCUGACCAAGGAGAGCAGCCGGGAGGAGCUACUGUCCUUCAUCCAGCACUAUGGCUCGCACUACAUCGCAGAGGCCCUCUACGGCUCCGAGCUCACCUGCAUCAUCCACUUCCCCAGCAAGAAGGUCCAGCAGCAGCUGUGGCUCCAGUAUCAGAAAGAGACCACAGAGUUGGGCAGCAAGAAGGAGCUCAAGUCCAUGCCCUUCAUCACCUACCUCUCAGGCCUGCUGACGGCCCAGAUGCUGUCGGAUGACCAGCUCAUCUCAGGUGUGGAGAUCCGCUGCGAGGAGAAAGGCCGAUGUCCAUCCACCUGCCACCUUUGCCGCCGACCAGGCAAGGAGCAGCUGAGCCCCACGCCAGUGCUGCUGGAAAUCAACCGUGUGGUCCCACUUUAUACUCUCAUCCAGGACAAUGGCACCAAAGAGGCCUUCAAGAGUGCACUGAUGAGCUCCUACUGGUGCUCAGGGAAAGGGGACGUGAUUGAUGACUGGUGCAGGUGUGACCUCAGCGCCUUUGAUGCCAGCGGGCUGCCCAACUGCAGCCCCCUCCCUCAGCCGGUGCUGCGGCUCUCCCCUACUGUCGAGCCCUCCAGCACCGUGGUCUCCUUGGAGUGGGUUGAUGUUCAGCCAGCCAUCGGGACCAAGGUCUCAGACUAUAUCCUACAGCACAAGAAAGUGGAUGAAUACACAGAUACAGACCUCUACACAGGAGAAUUCCUGAGUUUUGCCGAUGACUUACUCUCUGGCCUGGGCACAUCUUGUGUAGCAGCUGGUCGGAGCCAUGGAGAGGUCCCUGAAGUCAGUAUCUACUCCGUCAUCUUCAAGUGUCUGGAGCCCGACGGUCUCUACAAGAAUCUCAGUAACCUUGUCCAAAUCCAGACAACCAAUGGCAGACCUAAGGAAGUCCUUUGGAGUCUCAGGAGUGCCAUCGGCGCCAUGACAUGUACUUACUCCAGGGGCAAGGGUCAUACCAUUUACAGAGAAGCAAAUCGAGUUCCUGGUAUUUUAUUGGACAACCUCCCAUAAUUUCCCAUUAUUCUUUCUCAGUUCCUAGCCUGGAUAUGUCUUCUUCAGGCAAGACCUUGGCCUCCUCCUUUGUAAUAAUAUCCAUAUAAAUACUUUGGAGGAAAAGGAAAAGAAGCAGUGAUACAAAUGGCUGUUAUUCAGAGGGCUUUCAAUAUGCUAAGCACUGUUCUGAAUGCUUUACUCACAUUAACUUACCAGAUUCUCUCAAUAACCCAGUGAGGAUGGUGUAUUUUUUAUCCUCAUUUUACAGAUGAGAAAACCAAAACCCAGAAAAGUUAAGAAAUUUGCCAGGAGUCACACACUCCGUAGCAGAACCAUGAUUUAAAUUCGGACGGACUGGCUCCAGAGCCCAAGUUUCUAAUCAUUAACUAGGCUAGCCUUCCCAGAAGUCACAUUAGCACAUUCAAUGAGUCAAUACACAUCAGAUCUUGCAUUCUUGUCUAUCACAGUGCCUUGGCACAUGCUGCACCUCUUUGCAUCCUUCAGUUCUCAGCCUAAAUGUUGCAUCUUCUGAAUGGCAUCCUCAGAACCCAUAAUCUAAAAUAGGCUUUCCAUCUCUUUUCUUUAUUGCAAUUAUCAAACUUUGCAAUGCCGCAUUUAUAUGUGUUUAGGUCUGUCCACUGUGAGAGCUGACAGUCUAGGAAGGUAAAGAUGGUGUCUGUUUUGUUUAUCUCCCUACACUCAAGUGCACACAUGCAGAAGGCACUGCAUAAAUAGUUACUGUAUAAUAAUUGAACACAUGUGGUAUGACAUUUAAUCACAGCUAUAAUCCUAUAGGAUACUCCCCACCUCCCACCUCACUUUAGAUAUAAAGACUCUCAUGAGGCUCAAUAAUUUGGGCAAACUCACUGAGGAUGUAAAUGUCAGAACUUGUAUUUGAAAGCAGGUCUUUUCUGAACUCGGAGUCCGUGCCCUGAACCUCUGCAUUAUAUUCCCUCCCCUGGAGCCCUAUAAGGGACACAUAGGGGAAUGAGACAGUGUCUGCCCUACAGAACUCCUUAUUCUACCCAGAGGAGCCAGUUUUAUAUACACACCACCAUACCACAAGCUGAUUAAAAUUGGUAAGCUGGUUUGACAUCAUACAAAUGAUGACCUAUGGGGAAAAAAAAAUGGGGAGCAGGAUGUUUUUGAUAGCCAGGAAUGACCUCCUCUAACCUUUCUUAGCUAAUGCACACUUAUUCUUUAAGGGAAUGAUGCAGAUAUAGGAUCCUCCCUCUCAUAGUUUGUUUUAGAGGGUCUGUUUCUCAGUAGGGCUCUGCACUACAUCCAGGAGACCCAGAGAUGAACAGCAGUCAUCCCAGCCACUGUGGAGCUCACAAUAAAAUGCAGCCCAAGACAGGUGAGCCCAGAGAGGAGGAUGCCUCCCAGUGCAGUGAAAGCUGUCCAGAAGGGGUGACAUUUUAUUUGAAUGUUAAAGGAUGAAUAGUGUCAGCAAAGUGAAGAUAAAAGGGAACAUAGUUUUCCAGGGGAAGGACGUCAUAUGUGCAGAGUUACUGAAGAGCAAGGCAAUGUAGCAAUCUACAAACCCUACUCAAGUCGCUAAAAGGCAGUGGGGCAAAUUUGGGUGAUGAAGUUGAAGAGGUUGAUAAGGUGAAAACGCAAAGGAACUUUAUUGUCAGUCUAAGGAGUGUGGACUUUAUUUUGAGGGGAACAGGUGCUGUUAAGGGUUUUGCACUGCUCAGUAGACAUCAUCAGAUUUUUAUUUUAGAAAAAAAUCACUCUGGCUAAUGGGCUGGCAAUAGGGUGAAGGUGGGGCAGAACUGUUGGAAGGAAACAAAGAAGUUGUUCCCAAGACCUGAGCUAGAAGCAAUGAGGACUGGUAUAGACCAGCAUUGAAAGAAAGGAUAGUGGUUGAAAUCUAGUCUCAGAGGAACAAGACACGAUGGGUUGAGGGGGUCAGCCAGAGACACUCAUCAACACGUGCCAGUUCAUCCUGCCUGAUGCUUACCAGCAAGAACACUACUUCCAUCCCUUGCUUUUGAAGCUAGCCUAAGAUAGAAAGCACUUUCUAAGCACCUUCUGUGGAUGCUAACUGUCCCCUGGAAGAUUAAAAAAAAAAUAAGCUAGGUAAGUCUAUGUGCGUGGCAACAGUCCCCAUUGUUCUCUUUCUAAUUUUUAAGAGUCCUUGCCUCUCUCAUCUACUUCUGAAAUAGCAAGAGGUUAUUUGGGAGCGCCACUGUCAUGUGAGAGGCUGAUGGGGUUAAAAGGAGAACGAGAUGUGAUUUCUUUCAGCCACAAAACUCACAUGCUGGUGGGGACAAGACAGCAAGUGAGGGAUAGUUGAAGGUGGUACCAUUCAUGGCUUCACGUCCUUGGUACUGAGAAGCGAUUGGCCCCGUUGGAACAAUUUGGGGUCUUUCCUGGAGUCUGGAAAUGCAGUUCUGAGCCAGGGAGAGAGAGAUCUGAGCAGGAGCUCAUGAGCAGGCUGUGGUAGAGGUUUGGUUUGCCAGUCACCAAGAGGAGCUGCAGAGCCGAGCACAGGUGCGGUCCUCCUCCUGGGACAAGAGUCCACUACAGUCCUAUUAAUGAUGGCAGCUGUGGCUUGAGCACCUAGACAUGCACCAGAUACUAUGUUAAGUGUGUGAUUAAACCACAUUACCAUGUUUAAUCUUCACAAUAACCUUCUAAAUGAUAUUUCAGAAAGAUUUAUGAGAGUCUGAACCCUUGGAUGUAAGUAACAGAAACUUAAAAUUGCUUAUGGCAAAAAAUGCAAUUUUCCAUUUUAUUUACCUGGGAAGUUCAGAUGUGCUGCCUGCAGCCCCCGAGACAUCCAGGAAUUCAGAUGAUGGGGUGUGGACUCAGUAUCUCUGUCCCAACUUUGCUGUGUGUUGGCUGCAAUCUGAGGUGGGUUUCCUUAUUGAGGGUGGGGGGCAGAGAUGGACCCCAGCAGGUGCAGGCUUUGAUGGUUCUUCCUUCAUGCCUCUGAUCUCAGAAAAAGAAAGACAUACAUACCCCUUUCCUACCAGUCCUAUCAAUCCCUGGGAAAGAACUCUAGUAACCUUGUUUGGGGGACGUCACCACUUCUGUUGUGGGAGGUAGGGGCAUAAAGUGGACAGUCCCACCCAAAUGAUAACAAGAGAUGGAGGAAUUGUUCUUAAGUGGAUACAGGCACCAUGCUUCCAGAAAAAGGAGUAAGAAAGAAGGGUAAAGGAAACAAACAAAACUGAAAAAACAAAAACAAAACAAACCCA